UAGCAUGUGCACGCCACUGUUACAUCGCUAUUAGAUGAUACUUGUAUACACACACUGUAGAAAGCUGAGAGGUAAAGCUGUGCGGACACGCGACCUCAUAUAUGUCGCCGUAUAGCAUGUACGCGCCACCAUACAUAAAUACCUAGCCUGUACACGUCACUGUUACACCGGCUUUAGAUUUACAUAAUUUCCACCAUUUCCACAGUACCACAUGAUGCUCCCACCUCCCGAUACCCACCAUAUACAGACCCCGACGUCACCUCAAUAACUGUGACAUAUGACCUCUACAACCUGUGACCUCACAGCUAUGGCCCAUGACCUCACAUCUACAACCUGUGACCUUGCAUUUAUGACCUAUGACCUCGCACCCGUGACCCAUUACCUCGUAUCUAUGACCUGUGACCUCGCAUCCAUGACCCAUGACCUCACCUCUAGAAUCUGUGACCUCACAGCUAUAAUCUCACAGCUACAUCAAACCUCACGACACCGUCGCCGCUUUGCCAUCCGCGCGCAGGUGUUGUCGGAAAACAACUUCGGGGGAGUGGACGCUCUCCUGCGGGGACUGGUCAGCAUGUUCGCCCAGUCUGCUGACCGAUUCGUCACUGACCGGCUGACGGACCAUCUGUUCGAGGACGUCAGCAAACCUCGCUCCGGUCUAGACCUCGUAUCGAUGAACAUCCAGCGUGGGCGAGACCACGGACUCAACGGCUACAACGCCUACAGGGAGUUUUGUGGUCUGAAAAAGGCGACGUCUUUCUCUGACCUUGAGGGAGAGAUAGACGACGAGAACACUCGAAACAAACUCGCCUCCGUCUACGACCACGUCGACGAUAUAGAUCUGUUCACGGGAGGAUUGAGCGAGCGGCCGCUGCCUGGCGCUCUCAUCGGGCCGACGUUCGGCUGCAUCAUCGGCGAACAGUUCCGUAGACUGCGGCAGUGCGACCGCUACUGGUACGAGACGUCCAACCUGAUCGCACGCUUCACGCUAG